ACGAUGGCGAGCCCGGAGGACGACCUCAUUGGCAUCCCCUUCCCCGAGCACAGCAGCGAGCUGCUGAGCAGCCUGAACGAGCAGCGGCAGCUCGGGGUGCUCUGCGACGUCACCAUCAAGACGCAGGGGCUAGAGUACCGCACGCACCGGGCCGUGCUGGCCGCCUGCAGCCGCUACUUCAAGAAGCUGUUUGCGGGGCAGGGGCCGGGCCAGGAGGUCUGCGAGCUGGACUUUGUGGGGCCGGAGGCACUGGGCGCACUGCUGGAAUUUGCCUACACGGCCACGCUCACCAUCAGCAGCGCCAACAUGGGCGAGGUGCUGCAGGCUGCCCAGCUGCUGGAAAUACCGUGCGUGAUCGCUGCUUGUGUGGAAAUCCUACAGGGCAGCGGGCUGGAGGCGCCCGGCCCCGAUGAUGGCGACUGCGAGCGGGCUCGCCGCUACCUGGAGGCCUUCGCCACCCUCCCCGAGGAAGAGGUGCCCACCCUGCCACCCGCCCGCCCCGUUGCCCGCCGCAGCAAGAAGACCCGCAAGUUCCUGCAAGCCCGUGGCUCCCGGCUCAACAACCACACCGAGGAGCUGCCCGCCGAGGCCGAGGGGUACGACAGCCCCCUGCCACCUCCCCAGCCGCCCUCGCCCCCGCUGCCCCCCCUGCCUGAGGGCCUGGUCCAGACCUACGAGAGCUACGAGAUGCCCGAGGAGGAGGAGCUGCCCCCGCACCCUUUCCCCUUCCCCUACCAGCCGCCCCUGUCCCCCGAGGAGGCCGGCUCCGAUGAGGACGCCAUCGACCCCGACCUCAUGGCGUACCUGAGCUCGCUGCACCACGAGUCGCUCGCACCCGGGCUGGAUACGCCCGACAAGCUGGUGCGCAAGCGCCGCUCGCAGAUGCCCCAGGAGUGCCCCGUCUGCCACAAGGUCAUCCACGGUGCGGGCAAGCUGCCCCGCCACAUGCGCACGCACACGGGCGAGAAGCCCUUCGCCUGCCAGGUCUGCGGGGUCCGCUUCACACGGAACGACAAGCUGAAGAUCCACAUGCGCAAGCACACGGGCGAGCGGCCCUACUCCUGCCAGCACUGCAGCGCCCGCUUCCUGCACAGCUACGACCUGAAGAACCACAUGCACCUGCACACGGGCGCCCGGCCUUACGAGUGUAACGUCUGCCACAAGGCCUUCGCCAAGGACGACCACCUCCAGCGGCACCUCAAGGGCCAGAACUGCCUGGAGGUGCGGACGCGCCGCCGCCGCCGCGACGAGCCCCCGCCGCCGCCAGCCGGGCCCCCGGGGCUCGACCUCUCCAACGGGCGCCUGGACGGGCUGCGCCUCUCCCUCGCCCAUUACUGGGGUCCGGCGAGGCCCGACGAGGAGGAGGAAGAGCCCGAGCCCGAGCCCGAGCCCGAGCCGGAGCCCGAGGAAGGUCCGCAGCCGGACGGCGCCGUGCCCGUGGAGACGGCGUAG